UCAGCAAAUCACUUCCGCGUUUUCUGGAAGACGAAAACGGCAUGUGCCGGUAUUGUACCACGUAGUGUUUUCACAAACCCAACAACCAAACCCACGAGUUACGCGUACGAUCAAACCCUUCAGAUCGACGCAGAAUUGAGUGCUACAGUCUGAGCAGACAUGGCAGGGAGAGUACCAGGGCAAACCUGCUGCCAUGUUGGACUGUGUGGAGCAGUUCUACUGCUGGCACUGUUUGUGGUGCAGUCAGGUGGUGUUGCAGUGAUGUCUGUAGAUCUGGGAAGUGAAUGGAUGAAGGUUGCAAUAGUCAAGCCCGGUGUUCCUAUGGAGAUUGCACUGAACAAGGAGUCAAAGAGGAAAACUCCAGUGGUGGUUUCAAUCAGAAAUGGAGAAAGAGAGUUUGAAAAUGAUGCAUUGACUGUUGCUGUGAAGUAUCCAAAGCAGGCCUACCGGUACAUACAUCAUGUUUUGGGUCAGAAGUACGACAGCCCCCAGGUGGCCAGGUUCCAACAGCAGUUUCCGCAUCAUGAACUGGUCAAGGAUGAGGAGAGAGGAACUGUCCUGUUCAAGCAUGAUGAGGAAACCUUAUUCUCACCAGAGGAGGUGCUUGGCAUGGUACUGAACAGAUCAAGAGAGAUUGCAGAACAUUUUGCAGAGGAGCCGAUCCGCCAUAUUGUGAUCACCGUCCCAGCAUACUUCAACCAGGCAGAAAGGCGUGCUGUGAUGCGAGCAGCUGAACUUGUGGAUCUCACUGUGCUCCAGCUGAUGAAUGACAACUCUGCAGUGGCACUGCACUAUGGUGUGUUCAGAAGAAAAGAGUUUAAUGCUACCAUGCAGCACAUCAUGUUCUAUGACAUGGGUGCCACUGGAACUACAGCCACUAUAGUUGGCUACCAAGUGGUCAAGACCAAGGAGAAAGGCAUCACUGACACACAUCCUCAACUGGUCAUUAAGGGAGUUGGCCACGACCGCUACCUCGGUGGCCUUGAAAUGGAGUUGCGUCUGCGAGACCAUCUGGCAGAUGUGUUCUCCAAAGAGAAGAAGGCUAGUGUUGAUAUCAGGAAGUCACCACGGGCAAUGGCCAAGAUGCUGAAGGAAGCCAAACGGGUCAAGAAAGUUCUUAGUGCAAAUUCAGAUCAUCAGGCCCAGAUUGAAGGGGUACAUGAAGACAUUGACUUCAGGACAAAGGUGACCAGAGUAGAGUUGGAAGAGAUGUGUGCUGAUUUGUUUGACCGCGUGGCUGGACCUGUGAGAAUGGCCCUGAAGUCUGCAGACAUGACAAUGGGCGAGAUUGAUCAGGUGAUCAUAUUUGGAGGAGGCACUCGUGUUCCCAAAGUACAAGAGGCACUUCUGAAGGCUGUCAAAAAAUCUGAGCUUGGCAAGAGUGUGAAUGCUGAUGAGGCGGCAGCCAUGGGUGCUGUUUAUCAAGCAGCUUACCUCAGCAAGGCCUACAGAGUCAAGAAGUUUGUCAUCAAAGAUGCAGCUCUUUAUCCCAUUGAGGUGGAUUUCUCCCGUCCAAUCAAAAAUGAGGAUGGCAGUGAAGGGGUCAAGGUUGUACGUAGGACACUCUUCAACAGGAUGAACCCUUUCCCACAGAAGAAGGUCAUGACCUUCAACAAACACACGACAGACUUUGAGUUCCAUGUCAACUAUGGUGACCUCAGCUUCUUACCUGAGGAAGAGAUCAAAACAUUUCCGUCUAUGAAUCUAACAACCAUUAAGUUGGCUGGGGUUGGAGCGGCACUAGAAAAGCAUGCAGAAGAACCUAACACAGAGUUCAAAGGUGUGAAGGCACACUUCCGGAUGGAUGAAAGCGGUAUCCUUAACUUAGACAAGGUGGAGAGUGUCUUCGAAAAGCAGGAAGAGGGAGCUGAGGGCAGUGAGGAUGCAGAGGAGUCUACUCUGGCUAAGUUGGGUAGUACCAUCAGUAACUUCUUCACUGGUGGAUCUGAGCAGAAGGAAGAUGGGGAAGUUGGUACAGGUGAGGAGACAGAUGGACAGGAGGCACCUGAAGGAACCCCUGAUCAGACCCCAGAGAAAGAAGCAGAGGAGAAGCCUGAAGAGAAACCAGAGGAAAGCCCUCCAGGGGAGGACAAGACUGGUGACAAAGAGGAGAAGCAACAGGAACCAUCAACUGAGGAGGAGCAAAAGACUGAAAAGACACAGGACUCAUCAGAUUCAGAUUCUGAACAGCCAUCAGAAGAAUCUCCACUAGACAGUAGUAAGGAGGAAGAAAAGAAAGAGACACAGCCCAAGAAUGCAACAGAGGAAGGAGAAGCAGCCAAAAAUGCCACCAAGAAAGAGCCAGAGAAGAAGGUAGCCAAGGCAUCCACUGUAAAAGAAGAUAUUGGAGUGACAACAACAGUUCUUGACUUGAACGACCCAUCAACAGCAAGUUUAGAAGCCUCUGUUGAGAAAUUGAAGGUCCUCAUGGAAAGAGACCUUGCAAGAGCACUGAAGGCAAAGGCCCUGAACACCCUGGAGUCCUAUAUUGUAGACAUGCAGGACAAGCUGUACCAGGAGGAGUAUGAAGCCUGUGCUGUAGAAGAAGAGAGGGACCAAAUUAGGGCGAGAUUGAGUGAGAUGUCUGAUUGGCUGUACGAGGAUGAAAGUGAAAGUGCAACACCUGCGGUUUUUAAGGAAAAACUGCAAGAGCUGAAGAAGCUUUGCAAACCAGUCAAUGACCGUGUGAAGGAAAACAGAAACCGGCCUAAAGCCCUAGCAGGUCUGAAAGACACUCUUAACCACUCAACCGUCUUCUUGAAGACACUGCAAAACAUCUCUGAAGAUGCCUUCACACAAGUGGAAAAGGAUACACUGGCAACUCUGAUUAAUGACACAAAAGCCUGGAAGAGCAGCAUGGUAAAACAGCAAAAAGGAAAAGCUUGUCACGAGGAAGCUGUGUUCACCUCAAAAGAGGUGGAAGAAAAAGACAAGGAUCUGCAGCGGGAAGUCGCUUACCUGCUGAAUAAGCUUAAGAACUACAGGCCACCUGUCAAGAAGCCAGAGAAAUCUGCCAACAAAACUGCCAGUAAUGAGACUGCAAGUGGCAAUAAAACCAAGGAUGAAAACCUGAAGGCAGAGAAUGACACUGUCACAUCAGAAGACACCGUCAAAGAUAAAGCAGGAGAUGCCGAUCCCACCAAUGAACCUGUGGAGACGCAGGAAGCAGCACCUGAUACUGAUAAAGAUGAGUCAUCUAAUGAGGGUGAGGGUGAUGGUCCUGGCUCAGAUAGUGAGGAUGGUGAUGGUACAGAAGGUGGGGACACAGAAGGUGGGGGAACACAAGAUGGGGAAACAGAUGGUGGGGACAGACAAGGGGAUGAGUCAGAAGAAUUACAACUAGAGGCUGCACCAACUGAAUCUAAAGAAGAAAAACAGUCAGAAGACCCACACAGCAGACAAGAGACAAAUGAUGAACUAUAACAAAUAUGUUAGAAAUACUGUCACAGAUGUAAAUUAUUUGUUUGUUUCAAAAGAGGAUAUUGGAUGCUUGUAAGAAAUCUCUUGUGUAACUCAUUGGUGUUUUUUUCUUACCUUCUCUAAUGUCAUACUAUUUUCAUUCACCAUGAUACUCCACACCUCAAAGUGGAUACAUGUAUUUGCUAAUCAACAUGGAUAUAUAAAAGAUAUCUUGUACAUGUACAUGCACUUUCUCCUUAGCCUGGGUACCAUCUGGAUUUUCGCUACGCAACGCUCGAAAAAAAAAGUGAUUUUUUCGAGCGUUGCGUAGCGAAAAUCCGGAUGGUACCCAGGCUACUUUCUCCUUACACCAAUAGAAAUAGAUUGUAAAGCUGUAUUUGAUAUAGCAAUGUUCUCAAUGUUCAAAAAAGAAAAAGUAACAGGACGCUAGAAAUUAAAUGCUCAUGACGAGAAAUGUGUCAUAGAAUGAUAUUAAUGCUUUGUAACAAUGCCUUUUCUUAUAUUAUAUUGUACUUUCCAUUUCUUUUUCCUUAAUUUAGCACAUGUAGAACAAAGGAAGUAUGCCAAUGUCGCCCAUAAGAGAUUAGCAUGUGUACAGAUUAGUUUGACAUCUUGACAACAUUUUAUGGACCAAGUCACAUAUGUUAGGUGGAGAGAAGAUAACACUAAUUCGACAAUGUGCAUGUAGGAACCUUUCACUAUUCAUUAAUAAACCAUAUCAGUUCCACUUCUCAUUAGCCAAUUUUGUCAGUACGUUUCUCUGCAUGAUGAUGUAAACUUCUGAAUUUGGGAUGGAUUGAAUUUUAUGUAAGAAAGGUAAACUGAAAUAAAAGUUGUCAGUGCCAUCAAUGGGGACGGUUCCAAUCCCACUGACAGUUUCAUAUUUGAAUCAUUGUCCCUGUCACUAAAUAAAGCACAUGCUCACCUCUCAUAAGUGUACAGAGGUUUAUUGGUAAUCUAUCUGUCUGUCACAAUGAUUUGUUAUAGAAUGGAUGUGGAAGGAAUGAGAUGACACAGGGUGAGGACUGAUAUCAGGACCAAAUGUACUGCACCUGCAAGAUACCCGUAAUGCGUUGUGCAUAGACAGUCUCAAGUUUUCAAUGUAGUGUCAGAAAAGGUAUCGUCUGCAGAAGGCAAAAAUUUGUUAUCACAUGUAUCAUUGCAGGAAAGGGACAGAAGCAUGUACUGAAUCUCCCUGAUUGAAUAAAAAUCUGAAAAUGGGUCAUAAUAAUUCUUUAUGUAUGUCCA